AUGAAACGUUCCUGGGAAGACACUUUGGACUCUGAUGAUGAUGAUCUCUUUAACCAAGUCAUGGACGACUUUGAAGGCACACAACAAGGAGGAGGUUCGCGCCAACCUUUGUUUGCCUUUACUUUGGCAAGCAUUGGCCCGAGAAGACGCUGGAGAAACGUGGUGGAAAGGGCACAGUACAGAGCUGCGCUUCGCCAAUUAAGAGAACCCGUGCCUGGCGACGACAUUGGUGCGGCCUUAACCGAGGCUUUACACGCCACCAUCGAGAGAGAGCUGAGAAGGGAGGUCAGACACCACAACGAUUUUGUCAACUUUAACCUCACCGCUUAUGGUUUCACCCAUGCUUACCAGAGCAUCAACUUUACGGUGGGGGAAUUUCUGGAACGAUCUGUGCGUUUAAAUGAAUUGUUGCAAGAGUUAGCUGGCAAACUUAAUAGCAAUGAAUCAUUCGACCCUGAACAAGGCUUUCAAGUGGAGGUGGUUUUUGUGAGGCGCCCACAACCUGGUAGUGGUCGAGGGAAAAAGAGAAAUCCCGGACGUCGAUGCCUGGAUAACGAAAACAAAAAGAAACGUUGCAUCAUUCCCAUUAAAAACAAUGACGUUCUCUGCUGUGCCCGUGCCAUCGUCACAAUGCGAGCCCAUGCCCACAAAGACGACACCAAUGAUGCGUAUCACGAUUAUCGAGACAUAAUCCAGGGUAGAGCCAUUCAAGAACGUCAAGCCCGCGAGCUGCACCACUUGGCAGGCGUGGACCCCGGUCCGUGUGGAUUAGAGGAGCUGAAAAAGUUUCAGGCGUAUCUAAAACCGACUUAUCAAUUGUUGGUGAUGUGCCGCACCAAACCAUUUUUUCUGAUUUUCAAGGGACCGCCUGCCCCUAAACAGAUCAAACUCCUAAAGUCAGACACCCACUACGAUGGUUGCACCUCGUUUCCAGCCUUUGUAAACCGUUCGUAUUGGUGCUCUCUCUGUGAAAAAGGAUUUAAUGUGGAUGAUGCCAAGAAUCACCCUUGCGAAGGAAGAACUUGCCAAGCCUGCAAUCGAAAAACCUGUUCCGACUACAAUCGUGAUGUCAGUCCCACUCUGGUCUGUCCAAAUUGCCAUUGUCGAUUUUACGGCAACGACUGUUUUGACUAUCAUCGUGAAAAAAAUCAAUGCGCCAAACACAGAACUUGUCCCAAGUGUAAUGCAGAAUACAAUGUCAUCAAGGGCAAGCGACAUCGAUGCGGGUUUGCCGCUUGCCCAAGCUGUAAAGAAAUGGUCGAGAUCCACGCACACAAAUGUUUUAUUCAGCCGGCCGUGGACCACGCAGAAGAAGAUGUUGAUGAUGAUGAUAAUGGUAAGAAAAAACCCCUCCCUCCACCCCUCUUUGUCUAUGCCGACAUUGAGGCUAUGCAGCUGCCGGACAGACAAUUUGAAGCCAACUUGCUGUGUUACCGGACCAGCGAAAGCGAGACGAUCGUUACCCACAAGGGAAAGGACUGUGUCUGCACCUUCUUACAUGAUCUCGACGAUGUAACCGAGAUUCCCGACGAUGACCGUGAGAGAACCGUCAUCGUCAUCUUUCACAAUCUCAAAGGUUUUGACGGAAUGUUUAUUAUAGAUGAACUGUACAAACAGCAACGCGAGAUCGAAAAUCAGCUCACUGUGGGUUCCAAGGUCCUUUCCUUUCAAAGUGCAUCUAUCACGUUUAAGGACUCACUGUGUUUCCUACCCAUGCCAUUGGCUUCAUUUCCAUCGGCUUUCAAUCUCACGGAACUAAAAAAAGGCUUCUUUCCUCACGAAUUCAAUUUGCCACAUAACCAAAAUUACGUGGGCUCCAUCCCUGGCAUUGAGUUUUUUGACCCCGAUGGAAUGUCUGAAAAGAAAAAGAAAGAAUUGGAAGAGUGGCACGCUGACCAAGUACGACGCGGAGUGCAAUAUGACUUUGCCCGGGAGAUGGAGGAGUAUUGCAAGUCGGACGUGGCUCUCCUACAAGCUGGUUGUGAAGCCUUCACCAAAGAAUUCGAGAGUCACGCUGACUUCAAUCCCUUUGAAAAAUGCAUGACCAUUGCCAGUGCCUGUAAUUUGUACUGGCGCAAGCAUUGCCUCCAAGAAGCUACUAUUGCCGUGGAACCACUCAAAGGAUGGCGAGGAGCCAACGUCAACCAUUCCAUGAAAGCAUUGCAGUGGUUAUACUACAAAGAGCAUUGCAUCCCCAAGCAGGGUAUCUGCCCAGACCGAAUAAGGCAUGUGCGAAACGGGGGUGAACAGAGUGUAACCACUGCCACAGAUUCUUACUUUGUGGAUGGGUACGAUCCCCAGACCAACACGGUUUACGAGUUUCACGGAUGUUUCUUUCACGGUUGUCCCGAAUGCCAUCCCAGAAACCGUCACACCAAAGAUCGUACCAUGGAAGAACUCUGGAGGGCUACUCAGGUCAAAGAAAACGCUCUCCGCAACCAUGGUUACAACCUCGAAGUCAUGUGGGAACACGAUUGGGACAAGUUGUGCCAACACGACCCUAAUGUUAAGGAUUUUGUGACCACCUUGCAGCUAGUGGAACCACUACAACCGAGAAAUGCCUUUUUCGGAGGGAGAACCGGUGCCGUGGCCCUACACGCGGUGGCCUCUGAAGGGGAGGAAAUUCGAUAUGUCGACGUGACCUCCCUGUACCCGUGGGUGAACAAGAACGCACGCUACCCUAUCGGUCACCCCACCAUCAUUACCCAACCGCGAAUUCAAGACAUUGCCAGCUAUUUUGGCAUUGUCAGCGUCGAUAUUUUAGCACCUGCAGAACUAUUCCAUCCUGUCCUACCCGUCCGCAGUGGGAACAAGUUGACCUUUCCCCUAUGUGCGGCCUGUGUCAAGCAAGAACAGGACAACCCCAUGCUAGAGAGGAGCGACGUCUGCAAUCACACUCCCGAGGAACGGACGUUGCGAGGAACAUGGUGUACCCCGGAGAUCGAAAAGGCAUUGGAGAAGGGGUACAGGGUAAUCAAAAUUCACGAGGUGUGGCAUUUUUCACAGCAACGUGAUGGUCUAUUUCGAGACUACGUCAACACGUGGCUAAAGCUAAAACAGGAAGCCGCCGGUUGGCCACGAUGGUGUGACACGGAAGAAAAAAAGCAGCAAUACUUGACGCAGUACAGAGAAAGAGAGGGCAUAGACUUGGACUAUGCCAGCAUUCAAAAAAAUCCCGGCCGAAAAGCGACGGCCAAGUUGAUGCUGAACUCCUUCUGGGGAAAAUUCGGAGAAAGGCAAAACAAGCCCAGGACCGAGACCAUCACUUCUCCUUCCCAGCUGUUUACCCUUUUGUUCCAUUCCCACAAAAAUGUGUCUACUCUGCGGAUUUGUAACGAGGACGUGUUAGAAGCCGUGUCUACGGACCUUGAUGACAAUGUGGUUCCCAGUAACAAAACAAAUAUUUUUGUGGCAGCAUUUACGACCGCUUGGGCCAGACUACGUUUGUACGAGGCCCUCGACGUGUUACAGCAGCAAGUAUUGUACUAUGACACCGACUCUGUCAUUUACCGCUGGAAACCCGGACGACCCUCCAUCCCUAUCGGUGAUUUUUUGGGCGAGAUGACAGACGAGUUAGAUGGUGACGUCAUCACCGAAUUCAUCUCGGGCGGGGCAAAGAACUAUGGUUACAAAACCAGGGGAGGAAAAACUGAAUGUAAAGUGCGUGGUUUCACCCUGAAUGUCAGGGGUAAAGAGGUCCUCAAUUUCGAGACCAUGAAAAGAAACAUACUGUCAGAGAUAGACGACCCACUGGAAGAGCGAAGAGUGAUUCGGGUGAACAACCCCAAUCAUUUUCAGCGUAACACGACGAACAAGACCAUCAAGCUGGUCCACCAAGUGAAGCAAUAUGGACUGGUCUUUGACAAGCGGGUCAUUGACCCAGACACUAAAAUUAGCUAUCCUUUUGGCUACCGUGCCUGGUCAGAGGUCGAUGACGAUAAUGUAGAUAUGUUGUUAGACUUGUAA